AUGGCAUCACAACAGGAAUUAAGGAAUACUUACGUCGGUAAGGACGUCAGCGAUGUGCCCAAGCCAGCCAUCGUUCUCGACCAGGCCAUCAUCCGACGACACUGCAAGGACAUGCUGCGGACCGUGAAGGCCCUCGAUGUCGCAUUCAGGGCUCACGUCAAAUCACAUAAGACCAACGAGAUCGCUGAAAUGCAAGUGGCAGACAAGGACAUCCCCGCCAAUUUCAUCGCAUCAACCGUCCUGGAGAUUGAAACCCUGGUCCCAUUGCUGAAAAAGCUUCAGGCUGAGAAUCGUCCUGUUAAUGUUCUCUAUGGAAUCCCACUCGUCCCUUCACAGGUCAACCGGCUGGCCAAGGCAGCCCUUGCGAUCGGCAAAGGGAGUGUCUCCGUGAUGAUCGACCACCCAGACCAGAUCCCCCACCUGGAACGAUUUUCCGCGAUUACUGGAUUCCCAGCGCUUGUUUUCUUAAAGGUUGACACGGGCUAUCACCGCGCGGGCUUGCCGCCGACUGCACUGAACAAGGGCGGUUUGCUCGAGAGGUUGGCGGAAGCAGAGAAAAACGGACAUGCAAGCCUGCUGGGAGUUUAUUCGCACAGUAGUCUCAGCUAUAGCGGUACCACGCCCGACCAGGCAAUGGCGUACCUGGUCAGUGAAAUUGUCGGGUGCAAGGACGCUCUCGAGCACCAUCUGCAGCUACUUACUCCUGGGCGAGAGGAGCUGGUUAUCAGCGUUGGAGCGACUCCUCAGGCUCUGUCCUCCCAGAACCUGGCCCCGGAGGAGGGAAGUUCCCAAUCUACCCAAGCUACAGAGCUGAGGGAAUUCCUCCAUAAACCGCUUGCAAAGGAUAUUGGUGUCAAGGUCAAAGUCGAGAUCCACGCUGGAGUGUAUCCACUACUCGACAUGCAACAAGUCUCAACAAACGCUAGAUGGAAGAGCAGUGGCCCGGAGAAGGAGAUUGCAAUUUCUGUGCUGGCGGAGGUCUGCAGCGUCUAUAAUGACGGCGAGAGGGCCAAACCGGAGGCUCUUCUCGCCGCGGGGACUUUGGCAUUGGGAAGAGAGCCGUGUCCUAGCUAUCCGGGCUGGGGAGUGAUAUCGUCGUGGCGACAGGGAGAUGAAUUGCGAGAUAGCUCGUCUCGGCUGUUUGUGGAGCGGAUCAGCCAGGAACACUCUAUUGUGUCGUGGGAGGGCCAGAAGGAAAAAGGGCGAAAGGUCCCUUUCAGUAUAGGACAGGUCGUGAAGAUCUUCCCGAAUCACGCCUGUGUUGCAGCUGCCUUCUACGCAUUUUACUUUGUCGUGGACUCGGAUCGGGAUGCUGGUGCGGGGGAGAUUGUGGAUGUCUGGGUGAGGUCGAGGGGAAGUGAUGUUACUCAACCUGCUUUACUCUCGCGAGUGCAAUAG